UGCAAAACUAUUCAUUAUGGAUUGAACUGGUGUGCGUGUGAUUUUUUUAAAUGGCAUUUUAUGUUUAGAAACAGUUAUUCGGGCUGUGACGUGUAAAGGACAUUUUUCCUUUUUUUCUUAUUUUCUGCAGCGCUAUUCAUAUAAGUCUGCCAUUCGUACACCGUCGCCCAUCUGAUCUCCUGCGAACUGUCAACUGCAUGCUCCCUGGCUAUGUUCUCCCUACAGAGACGGCACACUUCAACCGGUGCCAUCGCAUCAAUCUGCUUAUUAUUAACGCUGUCACGAACACGUGGAGGAGAGUGAUCUAUAUAUAUGUGUGUAACACGCUGAUUAUAACAAGACACUCUUCGGUCUCAUCCCAAAAGACAGAAAUUCUGCAGAACCGCGUUCGCCGGUGCCCCGGCCGCCGCGCGCUCCGCAGACAGCCCCGGCUCCAGGCGCCGAACACGCCGCUUGCACCCACGACGGCGAAACUUUUCAAUUUUCGCCGCUUCUCCCCUGCUCGGCGCAAACACAACUGCGAAAAACGACGCAAAAACGACCCGAAAAUAAGCGAAAUCAGUGAACGGGUUAAUCUGAGUCAUACAGCGCUGAAAAGUUAGAGAAUGGAAAUUCCUCCGCCGGAGAGAGAGAGAGAGAGGUAGCAAAGGGUUAGGGCGAGGGUGAAAUUGGUUUAAAAGAAGCUCAUUAAAUCACUUCGGACUUGUCACUCUCCCGUUUUUCAACAGCCAACAGAGCACAUAGAUGAUUUAAAAUAUAUAUUUAGAGGCUGGGCGUGUGAAGACGGGUGUCCUUCAAGUACAUCAUCGCGAUUCCGGCGGAAGGACACGAUCUGUGCGUCUGAGAGAGGCAGAGAGGGGAGGGAGAGAGAGAGAGAGGAGUUUUGAAACACUUCAGUAAAGUUUCUUUUUACAGCGGCCGGAAAAAAAGAAAUAAGAGAACCUGAUUUUUUUUAAAAACCAUUCGAUCACGCCAGCCUCCCGACUUGGCGCGUCCCAGGAACGCCGUUCGCCAGGAGUGUUUCUCCCCGGUGCUGGUAUCUCUAUGUGGAUGUUACAGAGGCGAUGGGGAAACCCGGGCUCAUCUUGGGGGAGAUCGUGCUGAUUCUGGGCUGGCUGAGCCUGUCGGGCGCCCUGCAGUGUCGGGACACGAAGGAGCCCUGUGUCAAUAAUGGGACCUGCGUCACAUUCAGAAACGGCACCGGUUACUGCAGUUGUGUCUCCGGCUUCCUGGGGGAGUACUGCCAGCACAGAAACCCCUGCCGCCAGGACUCCUGUCAGAACGGGGGUAACUGCAGCGCCACGCUGAAGGGGGUGCUGGUGGAGACCAGCUGCAUUUGCCCCCUGGGAUACACGGGCAGCCAGUGCGAGACGGCCCUCCGGACACCAUGUCACCCCAACAACACCUGCCAGAACAACGGCGAGUGCCGCCUGCUGACACUGGACAAAUACCAGUGUCUGUGUCCCGUGGGCUGGACUGGUCAGGACUGCGAGCAGGUAGACUCCUGCGCCUCCAGCCCCUGCGACAACGGCGGCGCGUGCUCCACGCUCCCCGGGUCUCGUUUCUCUUGCGCCUGCCCGCCCGGCUACGCGGGCGCCACCUGCCGGAAUGACAUCGACGAGUGCGCCACCUCGAUGCCCUGCCGCAACAAGGGCUCCUGCUUCAACACGCUCGGGUCGUACCGCUGCCAGUGCCAGGCGGGCCACAUCGGCCGCCACUGCGAGAGCGCGUACCAGCCCUGCAGCCCCUCGCCGUGCCUCAACGGGGGAACCUGCCGGCAGACCUCGGACCGCUCCUACGAGUGCCACUGCCUUCCAGGCUUCAAUGGGACGAAUUGUGAGAACAACAUCGAUGACUGUCCCAAUCACCACUGCCAGAAUGGAGGCACUUGCAUGGAUGGCGUCAACACCUACAACUGCCAGUGUCCACCAGAGUGGACAGGCCAGUUCUGCACGGAGGACGUGGACGAGUGCCGGCUGCAGCCCAACGCCUGCCAGAACGGGGGCACGUGCAGCAACGUGCCGGGGUCGUACAACUGCGUGUGCGUCAACGGCUGGAGCGGGCAGGACUGCAGCGAGAACAUCGACGACUGCGCCGCGGCGCCCUGCACCCCGGGCUCCACCUGCAUCGACCGUGUGGCCUCCUUCUACUGCAAAUGUCCCCCCGGAAAAACAGGUCUGCUGUGCCACCUGGAUGACGCGUGCAUCAGCAACCCCUGCCGCCAGGGCUCCGUGUGCGACACCAACCCCCUGAACGGCAAGUUCGCCUGCACGUGCCCCCCAGGCUAUAAGGGCAACUCCUGCAACGAAGACAUCGACGAGUGCUCCAUCGGCCCCAACCCUUGCGAGCACGGCGGCCGCUGCGUGAACACGGACGGCUCCUUCGCCUGCGAGUGCGCCAGCGGCUACGAGGGCCCGCGCUGCGAGAGCGACGUCAACGAGUGCCACUCCUCGCCCUGCCAGAACGACGCCACCUGCCUGGACCAGAUCGGGGCCUACACCUGCAUCUGCAUGCCGGGCUAUACGGGUCUUCACUGCGAGACGGACAUUAACGAGUGCGCCAGCAGCCCCUGCCUGAACAACGGGCGCUGCCAGGACCGGAUCAACCACUUCAUCUGCCACUGCCCGGCAGGGUUCAGUGGGGAGAUGUGCCAGGUGGACAAUGAUGAAUGUGCCAGCACUCCUUGCCAUAACGGAGCCAAGUGUAUCGACCGGCCCAAUGGCUACGAAUGCAACUGUGCUGAAGGGUUCACUGGACUGCUGUGCGAGCAGAACGUGGACGAGUGCAAGCCCGACCCCUGCCACCACGGCCACUGCGUGGACGGCAUCGCCACCUACACCUGCGUGUGCAACCCGGGCUACACCGGGCCCAUCUGCAGCGAGCAGAUCAACGAGUGCCAGAGCAACCCCUGCCAGAACAGCGGCCGCUGCGUGGACCGGGUCAACAUGUACAUAUGCAACUGUCUGCAGGGCACAGAAGGGCUCAACUGUGAGAUCAACAUUGACGACUGCGCGAGUAACCCCUGCCAGUUCGGAGUGUGUCAGGACGGGAUCAACUCCUACGACUGCGUCUGCGCUCCUGGCUUCACUGGCCCCGAGUGCAAAACUGAUAUAGACGAGUGCCUCUCGAACCCGUGCCAGAAUGGGGGCACGUGCGUGAACGGCAAUAACAGCUUCCACUGCGAGUGUCCCGAGGGCACGCAUGGCUUGCUGUGCCACGCCGGGCAGGACGAGUGUCUGAGUGCCCCCUGCGUGCACGGGGAGUGUCGGGACGACUUGGAGGGGUACAGCUGUCAGUGUGAUCCAGGCUGGACAGGGAAGAAUUGUGAGCUGGAUCAGGACGAGUGCGAGUCAAACCCGUGUCAGAAUGGGGGGACCUGCACAGACCUCACUAAUGGCUACACCUGCACCUGCAGACGUGGCUUCAAAGGUCUGGAGUCUGCAGACUAUACCAGCUACACCUGCCUGUGUGGCAGCGGCUGGCAAGGUCAGCAGUGCACGCAGGAUGUCAACGAGUGCGUCUCAAGGCCCUGCCAGAACGGCGCCCAGUGCAAGAACACUCUGGGCAGCUACCAGUGCCAGUGCCGGCAGGGCUACAGCGGGCCCAACUGCGAGACCAACAUUGACGACUGCACGCCCAGCCCCUGUCAGAACGGAGGCUCCUGUAUCGACAAGGUCAACAGCUUCUCCUGCAGCUGCCUGCCGGGUUUCCACGGCGACCGCUGCCAGGCGGAAGUGGACGAGUGUGCCAGCAACCCCUGCCGGAACGGCGCCACGUGCAAAGACUACGUCAACAGCUACGUGUGCAAGUGUGUGCCCGGGUUCAAUGGCAUCCACUGCGAAAACAACAUCCCUGAGUGCACAUUGAGCUCCUGUCUCAACAAUGGCACCUGCAUCGACGGCAUCAACAGCUUCACCUGCAGAUGCCGGCCCGGUUUCUCCGGAACCUUCUGCCAGUACAAGAUCAACGAGUGCGACUCGCACCCCUGUCGGAAUGGAGGCACCUGCACGGACGGCCUGGGGUCCUAUCGAUGCUCCUGUCCGGUGGGCUAUACCGGCAAGAACUGCCAGACUCUCAUGGACCUGUGUAAAGACCCCAAGUGCAAUCACGGGGGCACCUGUGUGCAGAAGGGCACCGACUGGAGCUGCAGGUGUCCUGUGGGCUGGACUGGGUCCUACUGCGACGUGCCCAUGAUGUCCUGCGAAGACGUGGCCAAGAGCAGAGGUGUGGCGGUCAGCAGCGUGUGCAAGAACCAGGGGAAGUGCAUGACCACGGGCAACACCCACCACUGCCAGUGCCAGGCCGGCUACACGGGCAGCUACUGCGAGGUGGACGUGCAGGAGUGCACCUCGAACCCCUGCCAGAACGGCGCCACCUGCGUGGAGAUCCACAACCCCAAGGGCUACUCCUGCCAGUGCCAGCCGGGCUUCCAGGGGGUGAACUGCCAGUACGACGUGGACGAGUGCCAGUCUCAGCCCUGUCUGAACGGGGGCACCUGCAUCAACCUGGUGAACCACUACACCUGCUCCUGCCCGCCAGGCACCAGCGCACUGCUGCACAACUCCGCUGUUAUAACACACACCACUCCACAACACCUGGCAGCAGGUGUGAGCUGGUCUCCGCUCUGCCCGCCUGUCUUUGACCCUCUCCCCCUCUCGCGCGCGACGCCAGGGCGGCGCUGCGAGGCCAUGCUGGACCUGUGCCAGCUGGAGCCGUGCCAGAAUGGCGGGACCUGCAGGAUGGCCAUCGGGACCCCACAUGGAUACAGCUGCCACUGCCGCCCGGGGUUUUCGGGGAGCAACUGCACCCACGUGGAGAGGAACCCCUGCUCUCGGCUGCGCUGCCAGAACCGCAAGGAGUGCGUCCAGACGGCGGCCGGCCCGCGCUGCCAGUGCCCCCCGGAGUUCACGGGGCCGCACUGCGAGACGCCCCUGGGCUGCUCCCGCUGGCCCUGCCAGAACGGGGGCAUCUGUCUCGGGGACCCCCUGCCGCCCUAUUACCAGUGCCAGUGCCCUCCGCGCCUCACGGGGCGCCAUUGCGAGGUGGCCGCGCCCGCGCCCGCGCCCACCCCCGACUGCCCGGGCAGGGCCGGGGACGAGAUCUGCGACCCGCAGUGCAACACCCACGAGUGCGAGUGGGACGGGGGCGACUGCUCCCUGCGCUGGCCGCGGCCCUGGGAGAACUGCACGGCCGCGCUGCCCUGCUGGGAGCUCUUCCAGAACGGGCGCUGCGACGAGGCCUGCAACACCGCCACGUGCCUGUUCGACGGCUUCGAGUGCCAGAACGCCGGCAGCACGUGCAAGUACGACAAGUACUGCGCGGACCACUACGCCAACGGGCACUGCAACCAGGGCUGCAACACGGAGGAGUGCGGCUGGGACGGGCUGGACUGCGCCGCCGACACCCCCGAGCGCAUCGCCGACGGCACGCUGGUGCUGGUGGUGCUGCUGCAGCCCAGCGAGCUGCUGGGGGACCUGCGCGGCUUCCUGCGCUCCCUGGGCACGCUGCUGCGCACCAACCUGCGCGUCAAGAAGGACAAGAAGGGGCAGCUCAUGGUCUUCCCCUACUUCGGCAAGGAGGGGGCGGUCAGCGGGCAGCGCAGGGGCAGGCGCUCGCUGGUGCGGCCGGAGCUGGGGAAGGAGAUCAUUGGCUCGGAAGUGCACAUGGAGAUCGACAACCGCCAGUGUGUGCAGAGCUCCGAUGACUGCUUUACCAACACCAGCCUGGCCGCCUCUUACAUCGCUGCGCAGUCUCUCAAGGCCCCGCUGUCCUACCCUGUGGUCAGCGUCAGAAGUGAGCCUGGCAAAAUAGAGCAGUCGCACCUGCUGUACCUGCUGGGUGUUGCUGCGGCCAUCAUCCUGCUGAUCCUGGUUCUGGGUGUCCUGGUGGCAAAGAGGAAGCGGAAACACGGCGCGCUCUGGUUUCCCGACGGCUUCUUGCCCAAGAAGGACCGCAAGAGGCGUGAGCCCGUGGGGCAGGACGACUUCGACAUGAAGAACCUGGUGAAGCCACAGGAUGGCAGUGGCAUGAUCGGUCCCAAUCAGAAGGAGUACUGGCUGGAAGAGGGCUCCCAGGCCAAGAAACAGAGGACAGAGGACCAGGCACUGCUGUCGGGCGGUGAGGGGCCAGUCGAUCGCCGACAGUGGACCCAGCAGCACCUGGAGGCUGCUGACAUCCGCGUGACCCCACCACUAGCGCUGACCCCACCACAGGCUGAGCAGGAGGUGGACUGCUUGGACGUCAACGUGCGCGGGCCAGACGGCUUCACUCCCCUCAUGUUGGCGUCUCUGCGUGUGGGUGGCACGGAGGCCAGCCUGGAUGAAGAUGAGGACAACAGCGACCCCUCGGCCAAUGUCAUCACCGACCUCAUCGCCCAGGGUGCCACGCUGCUGGCCCAAACGGACCGCACCGGCGAGACUGCUCUGCACCUGGCUGCCCGCUACGCCCGCGCCGAUGCGGCAAAGAGGCUGCUGGAUGCCAGCGCGGACGCCAACGCGCAGGAUAACAUGGGCCGCACGCCUCUGCACUCCGCUGUGGCUGCUGACGCACAAGGGGUCUUCCAGAUCCUGAUCCGGAACCGGGCGACGGACCUGGACGCGCGCAUGAACGACGGCACGACGCCGCUGAUCCUUGCAGCUCGGCUGGCGGUGGAGGGCAUGGUGGAGGAGCUCAUCAACUGCCACGCCGACGUCAACGCCGUGGACGACCACGGCAAGUCGGCGCUGCACUGGGCCGCGGCGGUCAACAACGUGGAGGCUACGCUGGUGCUGCUGAAGAACGGCGCCAACAGAGACAUGCAGGACAACAAGGAGGAGACACCUCUGUUCCUGGCCGCCCGGGAGGGCAGCUUCGAGGCCGCGCAGGUGCUGCUGGACCACUUCUCCAACCGCGACAUCACCGACCACCUGGACCGGCUGCCGCGUGACACGGCGCAGGAGCGGAUGCACCACGACAUCGUGCGGCUCCUGGACGAGUACAACCUGGUCCACAGCCCGCACGCGGGGCCGGGGGGCCACCUGGGCGGGGCCACGCUCUCCCCCAUGGUCUGCGGCUCCAACGGCUCCUUCCUCGGCCUGCGCCAGGCCGGCCAGGGCAAGAAGACGCGCCGCGCCAACCCCGCGGCCAAAGCCGGCUCCGCCGCGGGGCUGGCGAAGGAGAUGAAGGACGUCAAGGCCAGGCGGCGGAAGAAGUCUCCCGGCGAGGGCAAGGGGCCGCUGUCGGAGAGCUCGGUCACGCUGUCCCCCGUCGAAUCCCUGGAGUCGCCCCACGCCUACGUGUCCGACACGACCUCCCCUCCCCUCCUGACCUCCCCCAGCACCAUGCACCCCUCCUCUGCAGGCACCAUGCAUCCGCCCCGCGGGCCUGUACUGCCCCCUGUCAGCCAGAUGCUAUCCCAGCAGGCCGGGCUGGCCAUUGGCAGGCAGGGGCAGCAGCACGAUUGGAUGGGGCUCUCUAAGUCCGGAUACGGCCAGAUGUUCGGCCUCAUGCACCCCCACCAGGUGAGUGGCUCGCACCCCAGCAUGCACCAGCACCAGGCCCACCUGGGCGCCGGUUCCAUGAUGCCCACCGGCAUGAUGACGCCCAUGAACGUCACCAUGAGCCGAGAGCAGCUGCCACCCAUCGUCACCUUCCAGAUGAUCCCGGGCAGCCAGCAGCCGCUUCUCAAGCAGCAGACCCAGGCGCCCCAGCAGCAGCAGCAGCAGCAGCACCUGCAUUGCGUCCAGAACAUGAUGUACCAGCUGCCCGACAUGGCUCACCCAGCUGCUGUGCUCACCCAGUCACCAGCUGAUCCCCAGAGGCCUCUGCCACCUUACCAGACCCUGCAGAGCCCCGUGGAUAAAUAUCCCACCCCUCCCUCUCAACACAGCUACACCACGGCCACCUCCGAUGGCACGCCCAGCCACGGCGCCCACCCACCCAGCGAGCACCCCUACCUCACCCCCUCGCCUGAGUCGCCCGAUCCCUGGUCCUCCUCCUCUCCUCAUUCUAACUCCGACUGGUCCGACGUCACCACCAGCCCCACGCCCCUGGGGCAGCACCAGCCUGGCCUCACGCUCAUUCCUGAACAGCAACAACAACAGCAGCAGCAGCAGCAGCAGCAGCAGCAGCAUCCGCCACCCCCUUCCCAGCGUGGCAACAUGCAGGUGUAUGCAUAGAGCGCCCCCUGCUGGCAGCGGAGUCAAUCACAGCUGACGCACUGCUUCUGAAACCAACACUCUCUCAGUCCAGUUCUUCCUUCUGGUCAUAUAGCUGCGUAUUUAUUUUUUUUUCCCCUCAAAAGCAGAAAUACGUGCCAUUACCUUGUCUGUAACAACAUCAGUUUUUAAAAUCAAGGCUUUUACUUUGGAUGAAAACUAGGACUGCUGACACAGAUCCAUUGGUAUUCAGUAUUCCGUGGCAACAUUAGCCAUUAAGCUUUAAAAAGCAAUUUGAAGGUAAGAAAAAGAUUUGCCUCGAAAAGUACCCUCUUUGCCUUAAAGGCUUUCCUCUACAGUGUGUGUUCCCUCCUUCUGUGUGAGAGUCAGGAUCCUAACAUAGAUCCUAGACUGACCUGAGGAGCCAUCUCUUUAGAUAGGACCCGCUGGGUCACAUUUUUAGUUAGUGGUUUUUUUUGAAGGAUGUCGUUUUUUUUCCUCCCAUCUCUAUCUUGUAUUUAUAAAAUGUUAUGCUUUUAGGAAGUGUUUGUAGACAAGACGCCUGAAUAAUAAGGGUACUCUGAACAGCCAUCUAAAACACCUUCGGAACAGAAGUAAUACGGUCUGUACUUUAUGAACAACGUCUGUAUUCUGUUGAUAUCGACAACGAACCUGUGGAUCGUAAGUUCAGCAGUGAAGAGAGAAGGGUGUGUCUUCUGCCAUCAGGCUGAUGAACCAGAGUGUUUAAAGGCACCUCUGAUGCCCUUGUCUGUUACGAACGGAUGAAUGGCAGUAGUCACCUCAGAGCUCACAGCACCAAGCUGGAGCAGAACCAGCGUUUGCAAUGACUGGAAAGUAAUUCAUCUUCAAAAUGACUGAAGUAGCCAAGAGCUGAAAAAUACAGCUUUACACUUCUCAGUGGACUGUUCUAUAUGGGUGGACACCUUCAGACUUGAUCCUUGGCCAUAACGAUGUGCGGAGAAGCAAAAUGCUGUGUUUUUAGAGGUUCUGCUCAGCAGUGUGUCUUUAAAUUAAUUUUUCUUCUUUUAUUAAUCUUUUAUUACCUGAUAAUGUACCAUGUACGGACGUAACCCCUGAGCUCUACUUUGAAAUUAUGUUAUAUCUAUGGCCUGUGUGGUAGAUAUCCAUGUACAUAUAUUCACAUAUACUGAGGCGUACACAUGUUAUGCCUCUGCUGGUUACAAGACUCGUGAAAUGUCUUUCAGUGUAUCAGUUUUUAGCUAGGUGUGAUUAUAUGGAUAGGGGAUGUUCUGCUUAAUGUGCCAGAUGUUUGCCUCUGUACGAAACUGCAGAAGAAAACUACGUUCUUGCUCUUAAAGGAUUAUACACCAGCAUUUUUACUGCUCUAUAGCUCAUGUUAUGUUAGCAACAUAUAGCUGUUACUCUGCCUUCUUAAUAAGAUAGCUUCUCUGUAUUGAUAUCUUGUUAACCCAUAAUGUCUCUGUUUUUUAAAGAGGAGAAGAGGCCUCAUGCAGAAAAAUAUUUAACAUGAUAAGGGUCUUAUCAUCUUAUCCAUAAGUACGUCAGUGGAUCGCACCUCAUCAUUGUAAAACUGUUUGCAAAAAAGGCCGAGAGGCUCUAAUUUAAGUCCAGCAAAGAGCUAAAGAGAAGACUAAUUGUUCUACCCGUUUAAAGUGUAAGGCAGGACACUGCUUUUUACUUGUUUUUUUUUAAGAAAUAUUACUGUGAUUUAGAAGAGUGUAAAAAAAAAAAACUAGUUUGUACCAGACGUUUUGGGAGCUGUCUUCGCCCUGUGUUACGUCUGUGAUCCCUGUGAAGAAAUACGGAAACAUGAAAUAUCGAGAUCAAUACAAGUUCUGCACUGGCGGGUUUGAAGUUCAGAGCAGCUGGUGGGAAUUGCACUGUGGAGACUUAAGACUGUGAAGAACCCUGUUCUGACAGCAGAAUCUGAGUGUCAGUCUCGCAGGCGGGCAGGUAAUCUAGCUAUCGACACCUGGAAGAGCUCGACUCCUGCAGUCUGGUGCUAGAGAAAGUUUGAAAAAACUGCGCCGUUGUUGCUAUUAUUAUAUUUUCUACAAAUUCUAUUGUAUAUUGGUUUUUUUUUAAUGUAAAUGCUUCUAAAGUCUUAUGAAAAGGUACCAUUUUAUUGCAAGGUUAUUGAAAAAAGUUUAAAUCACUGUUACAAUCAGUCUUUUUCUUUUGUUGUAAUUACCCUGUGAUUUUUUUCUCUAAUUUUAUAAAAUAACGUCAGAAGUGUUUUGAAGUUUGUGGCUAGUCCCUGUUUGUAACAGAACUGGAAAUGGAUUUUCCAUUUUUACCACACAAAUUGUUCAACAUGCAUAGAAAAUUGCAUUAUUGUGUCUUAAUGGAUGACUGCCUCAAUGAGAUUAAACUACGGUGUGGCCGGAGUGGAGACCGGUAGGGGGAGUUAGAAUUGGUACUGCGUCUUAACAGACUAGUACGGUGAUUUGGACAAUCAUUAAAAUUCACCUCUUGCAUGUACAGCAUAUUGUUAGCUAAUACUGGAAACAGUCGUCAGCCUGAUGCUGAUGAUGAGACAACUACGAGGAUACGCCAUCUCUAUGCUCAGGGGGCAGGGCUACAUGUUGCACUGAACAGAGAGAAGGACGGGUCUGAGGAUUCUUCUGCACAUCCAGGGGCUAGUGGCUUAUUAAUCUCACGGCUCUCAGGCUGGCCACCAGCAGAGUAAAACAACUCUGCCUGGACAGUUAGGCUCAGCGCUUCUAUGACUAGGUUUCACUUUUCUCUUAAGUGGCCUUUAACCAGUGUGGAACCAGUGUGCUUCCAGCAAAGGGGCACAGUUAGUUUGUGUCACCCAUCUUGUGCUUUCUCAACCUUUCUGAUUUCCUUCCCUCCUACCCCUUCUUUUUAGGUGUUUUAAGUGUUAGUUUGCCUCUGCUCGUACCUCCAGGUGUUCUCUAAGCUGGGUUUAACUCUCUCUUGCACACGUUUGGGUGUGCCCACUGCUGCGGUUGUUUUCGCUAGUGAGCUGCAACUGUAUCUUGCUCACCCAAGUAAUGUUCCUGGUCAAAUAUGCAGUCGGUAGCUUUGUUUGUGAAGGGCGGUGAAGUUACAGUUUCAGGAAACAUCUGUUUAAGUCUUGGAGGAAAAUGGAAUUCAGACUUCCCACAUACAGGAAUGCAUUGAACUCCACUGGACUGUUAAUUACUGAUCAACAAAAGUCUUGUGAAGGUUCUGCUACAUCAGGGUUAAGAAACCUGCCAAGCAGGAAUGACCUAAUAGAGCAGCUUUCAUCUGUCAGUAGUCCUACACUCCACAUGCAAUGAAUGUGACAGGAAUGGGUUCAAUGGUAGUCAAGUAAGGGCAGAGCCUAAUAGAUACUGCAGUUUUAUUUGUUUCAGUCCUGGAUAUGAGUGCAAACAGCCUGACCACAUACUGUAUCUCCUUGUCCUCUGACCUGUUUUUUCCAACAGUGUUGUGUAGCCUUACUCCCUGAAAAACAGAUGGGAUAACCCAGAUUUGAAGAAUAUUACAGGCAGUAUAAUAGUCUGAGUUACAGAAAAAAAGCUCAUAGUUAAGUUGAUAGUAAACCUUUUUUUAUACUGUAUAUAAAUGAUAUUUUUAUGUAUAUCCUUCUUUGUCUGUUUUCUAAAUUCUUGUUCAUGUUAUAUGAAGUAGUUUUUCUUCUUUCUCAAAUAGAAGGAACCCUUUAUAAGAAAGUUUACUUUUUUUAAAAAAAACAGAUGCCUAAAUAAAACCUUUUUUUUCGUA